AUGUCCUCCCCCACCCCCACCCCCACCCCCGAAGACCUCCUCCGCCAAUUCAAGUUCUCCUUCCUCAUCAACCAAGACACACGCACCAAGUCCGUCAACCUGCUCGGCACCAUCGCCGCCGCGCCCGCCAUCCUCAUCGCCGAGAAGACCGCAUUCGACAUCAGCGCCUUCAACCUCUCGCACUUCCCCGCGCCCGCCCUCCUCCCCGCCAUCGCGCUCGUCGAGAAGAACGACAUCUACCACUGGUUCCUGGCGUCCACGGCCUCCGCCGUGCGCAGCGCCGACGCGCUCGCCCAGGGCGGCGCGGACGUCAAGAUCACGCUCAUCUGGCCGGCGACGGAGGCGCAUGUGCGCAAGUAUAGCAAGCAGAAUGUGCGCAUGGUCGAGGAGACGGCCGAGGUGUAUAGGGAGUGUGUGUGGCCGUAUGUGCAGGCCAAGAGGGAGGGGGGGCGGUUGGGGUGGGUGUAUAAUAUACUGGAGGGCCGCGCGGAGGCGGAGAGUGUUAUUGUGAAGGAUGAGGAUCCGCUGGAGGGGUUUGUGCUGUUGCCGGAUUUGAAGUGGGACCGAAAGACGAUGGCAAGCCUGUAUACCAUGGCGCUGGUCCAGCGCCGCGAUAUCACGUCGCUGCGCGACCUGAAGAAGCGCGACGUGCCCUGGCUCAAGCGCCUGCAGGCCAACAUCAUCAAGGGCGUCUGCGCAAAGUACCCCAGCGUCGAGCCCGACCAGCUCAAGCUGUACAUCCACUACCAACCCUCCUACUACCACUUCCACAUCCACGCCGUGUCGGUGACGCACGACGGCGGGAUGGGGCAGGCGGCGGGGCGCGCGCUGCUGCUGGCCAAUGUGAUUAGCCAGUUGGAGUGGAUGGGCGGCGGCGAGGACGCGGGCUUUGCGGAUGUGACGUUGACGUACUUUGUGGGCGAGGAGAGCGAGCUGUGGCAGGGCGUGUUUGAGGGGUCGAGGGAGAAGAGGGCCGCAGGAGCGGUAGAGGCGGGGGCUGGGGUGGUGGAGGAUGGGGUUGUGUAA